AGGGGGGGAGGGAAAAGGGGGGGGUCGUGGAAGGGGGGAACGAAGAAAAAUAUAUACCUGACCGCCCCCCCCACCCGGCUUCCCCUUCCCGCUUCCCGGCCGUCCCCCCUCCGCCCGGCGCAGCCAGCGGAGCCCCCUUCGGCUCUGCCCAGCCCAGGCUGGGGGCCCGGGGGCGGCGGCGGGUCCCGACCAGCUCCCGGGCCGAGCCGAGCCCAGCCAAGCCGCACUGGCUUCUUUGUCUGCGGGCGGCGGCCGCCGUGGCCCCGGCCCCGGCCCCCUGGCCCGGGCUGUGAGAUGAAUCUCUAAUCGGUGGCCGCCAGGCACCCGCGGCGAAGGCGGCUCGGGCUCGGGCUCCGACGGAGUUUCACUCUUGUUGCCCAGGCUGGAGUGCAAUGGCGCGAUCUUGACUCACCUCUGCCUCCCGGUUGUUCAAGCGAUUCUCCUGCCUCAGCCUCGCGAGUAGCUGGGAUUACAGGCAUGUGCCACCACCCCAGGCUAAUUUUGUAUUUUUAGUAGAGACGGGGUUUCUCCAUGUUGAUCAGGCUGGUCUCGAACUCCCGACCUCAGGUGAUUUACUCGCCUCAGCCUCCCAAAGUGCUGGGAUUACAGGCAUGAGCCACCACGCCCGGCCUGGACUAUAGAUUUCUUGACAAAGGUGGGAAAUGUGUUUUUCCCCAUUGAAUUCCCAGUGCCUAGCACGUAGUAGCCACUGAAACGUGUUGAAAAAAUGAAGGGUUGGCUGGGCGCAGUGGCUCAUGCCUGUAAUCCCAGCACUUUGGGAGGCCGAGACAGGCGAAUCACGAGGUCUGGAGUUCGAGACCAGCCUGGCCAAUAUGGGGAAACCCCGUCUCUACUAAAAAUACAAAAAUUAGCUGGGCAUGAUGGCGCUCACCUGUAGUCCCAGCUACUCAGGAGGCUGAGGCAGAAGAAUCGCCUGAACCUGGGAGGCGGAGGUUGCAGUGAGCCGAGAUUGUGCCACUGGACUCCAGCCUGGGGGACAGAGCCAGACUCCAUUUCAAAAAAACAAACAAACAAAACAAACAAAAAAACAAAAAAACAAAGGGCAAGGCAUUUCAGGAUUUCUUCUAAUAGGAUCUCAGACUAUGCUAGGGAGUUCUGAUUUGUUUGGGAUAUCCCAGUUCUCCUCCUGGGUAUCUUGGAAUGUUGCACUAAACCCACAGCAGUUCCAGAGGAGAAUGACAGGCAGAACCAGAUCCUCUAGCUCAUUCUCCCCCCCGAAAAUCCUGCAUGGCCCUGGACCUCUUUGGAUUCUCAGGUGGUAGGCAAAUGCCUUAGCACUUGCUAUUCCUUCUACCCCUGAGGCUGCUUGGGUUUUUGUUUUUAUAUUUAUUUAUUUAUUAGGGACAAGGGCUUGCUCUGUCAAGGAGUGCAGGCUGGAGUGUAGUGGCAUGAUCAGGACUCACUGCAGCCUUAAACUCUGGGUCUCAAGCAAUCCUCCGACCUCAGCUUCCCAAGUAGCUGGAACCAUAGGCAUGUACCACCACACCUUGCUAGUUUAUUUAUUUUAUUUUUUGUAGAGACAGAGUCUCCCUGCAUUGCCCAGGAAGGUAUCAAACUCUUGAGCUCAAGCGAUCCUCCCCCUUCAGCCUCCCAAAGCAUUGAGAUUAUAGGCGUGAGCCACUGUGCCCAGCCCUGCCUGCGUUUUUAGAUGUUAGCAAGGAAAGCAAGGGAUAAGUGAGCCAUUUGCUAGCCAACCAGAGUGCCUUGCCAGCCCUGAUCCAGGUGUUUUUCAAACUCAACUCACUGGAGAAAGAAGGCAAAGGAGAGGGCCCUUGAUGGGCUCUGGCUCUCUCCCCAGCUUUAAUCAGAGCAGCUCUGCUGUGAUCUGUGCUGUGGGCACUGCACAGCAUCAUGGGCUUAAAGGAGGCCAUCCAGAUGUGCUAUUUAUGCAGUUAUUGGGGAAAUGGUCAAAAAGCAAACUGAAGAUGGCUGUCUAGUCACUGGAACCAAGUCACAGCCUGAGGCUUGAAAAAAAUUUGGAAAGUUCCUGACAAGGAGAUGGCAGCAAGUCCAGAGGAAAGUCUGCACAGAUACCAAGCAAGGGGAACACACAGGGCACAGCUCAGAGUCAAAAUGCUGAGUGUCUACUUGUCAGAGAGACAUUGAUAUCACAUACAUGUGUAAUAGGAGCCAUCUAAAGGUAAGACAGAGACAGACAAGGGAGUCUGAGAUCUGGGACAAAGGAGGUCUUGGACUCUGUUCUGCCUGGAUUUCUGGUGGGCUGAAUGAAAUCUGGUUGGUGGGUUGGAGUGGGCUUAGGUGUGGCUAGAGGCUAUAUCUCAGGACUGACUUUGCCCUUGACUUAAAGGACCAGACACUGAGACCCAGGUCCUCAUAGCUCAUCAAAUUUUAAGGGUGAAAGGGAUAUCAGAAUCACCCAAGCCUUAUCACUACUUAAAUCCUCCUAAUAACACAGUCACAAAGUGGACACUUGCCCCUGCUCAACCACUCCCUGUGAGUGGCCAUAGUUGGCAGCAAGGAGCCAGAGGCCACAACAAGACUAUGAGCAGACAACGCUCCUCUCAAGCAGAUGCCUUGUUGUCCUACAAAGAUUGGCUACUGCUGCCUUACGCCUAAUGACCUUUGGAAUUGGAAAAUUCUUCUCCCCAUGAAAUGCUGGAGUGCGGUGGCGAGAUCACAGCUCACCACAGCCUCAACCUCCUGGGCUCAAGUGAUCCUCCUGCCUCAAUCUCCUGAGUAGCUGGGACUACAGGAUGUGCUAGGUGUGGGCCGGCCCCCACCCGACCCUGACAAGUGACCAUGGAUCCUGGAGCCGGGUCAGAGACAUCUCUGACUGUCAAUGAGCAGGUCAUCGUGAUGUCAGGUCAUGAGACCAUCCGAGUGCUGGAAGUCGGAGUGGAUGCCCAGCUCCCUGCUGAGGAAGAGAGCAAAGGACUGGAGGGUGUGGCCGCUGAGGGCUCCCAGAGCGGAGACCCUGCUGAAGCCAGUCAAGCUGCUGGUGAAGCUGGGCCAGACAACCUGGGCUCCUCUGCAGAGGCAACUGUGAAGUCACCCCCGGGGAUCCCUCCGAGCCCUGCCCCUGCCAUUGCCACCUUCAGCCAAGCCCCAAGCCAGCCUCAGGCAUCGCAGACCCUGACGCCACUGGCUGUACAAGCUGCCCCCCAGGUCUUGACUCAGGAAAACUUAGCCACAGUUCUGACAGGAGUUAUGGUUCCAGCAGGGGCAGUUACUCAACCUCUUCUUAUCCCCAUCAGUAUUGCAGGUCAAGUGGCUGGUCAGCAGGGGCUGGCCGUGUGGACAAUUCCUACAGCAACCGUGGCUGCCCUCCCAGGACUGACCGCUGCUUCUCCUACGGGGGGAAUUUUCAAGCCACCUUUAGCCGGUCUCCAAGCAGCUGCUGUGCUGAACACCGCUCUUCCGGCACCCGUACAAGCUGCCGCACCAGUACAGGCCUCCUCGACGGCCCAACCCCGGCCACCAGCCCAGCCCCAGACGCUGUUCCAGACCCAGCCGCUGCUGCAGACCACACCUGCCAUCCUCCCGCAGCCCACCGCUGCCACCGCUGCUGCCCAUACCCCCAAGCCAGUGGACACCCCCCCACAGAUCACCGUCCAGCCUGCAGGCUUCGCAUUUAGCCCAGGAAUCAUCAGUGCUGCUUCCCUCGGGGGACAGACCCAGAUCCUGGGGUCCCUCACUACAGCUCCAGUCAUUACCAGCGCCAUUCCCAGCAUGCCAGGGAUCAGCAGUCAGAUCCUCACCAAUGCUCAGGGACAGGUUAUUGGAACCCUUCCAUGGGUAGUGAACUCAGCUAGUGUGGCGGCCCCAGCACCAGCCCAAAGCCUGCAGGUCCAGGCCGUGACCCCCCAGCUGCUGUUGAACGCCCAGGGCCAGGUGAUUGCGACCCUGGCUAGCAGCCCCCUGCCUCCACCUGUGGCUGUCCGGAAGCCAAGCACACCUGAGUCCCCUGCUAAGAGUGAGGUGCAGCCCAUCCAGCCCACACCAACCGUGCCCCAGCCUGCUGUGGUCAUUGCCAGCUCAGCUCCAGCAGCCAAGCCAUCUGCCUCUGCUCCUAUCCCAAUUACCUGCUCAGAGACCCCCACCGUCAGCCAGUUGGUGUCCAAGCCACAUACUCCAAGUCUGGAUGAGGAUGGGAUCAACUUAGAAGAGAUCCGGGAGUUUGCCAAGAACUUUAAGAUCCGGCGGCUCUCCCUGGGCCUUACACAGACCCAGGUGGGUCAGGCUCUGACUGCAACGGAAGGUCCAGCCUACAGCCAGUCAGCCAUCUGCCGGUUCGAGAAGCUGGACAUCACACCCAAGAGUGCCCAGAAGCUAAAGCCGGUGCUGGAAAAGUGGCUAAAUGAAGCUGAACUGCGGAACCAGGAAGGCCAGCAGAACCUGAUGGAGUUUGUGGGAGGCGAGCCCUCCAAGAAACGCAAACGCCGCACCUCCUUCACCCCCCAGGCCAUAGAGGCUCUCAAUGCCUAUUUUGAGAAGAACCCACUGCCCACAGGCCAGGAGAUCACUGAAAUCGCUAAGGAGCUCAACUAUGACCGUGAGGUCGUGCGGGUCUGGUUCUGCAAUCGGCGCCAGACACUCAAGAACACCAGCAAGCUGAAUGUCUUUCAGAUCCCUUAGGGCUCAGCCCCUGGCCCUGUGUUCUAGCACUUUGUCCAUUUCCUGUGGCAUCCGGCUUCAGCCACUGCCACAACAGCACCUGUCAUUUUGCCACGUGCAGCUGUGCUCACCCCAGGUCAUCAGACUCCACCGUGUGCAUGUGCAUCAAUGUCCCUCUUUUCUCCCACACAUCUCACGUCAUGGGGAGGCCAGAGGGGGCCACACGAGAGCUCCAGGCUCUGGGCUGGUCACUCCGAAGAAGAGGAUUUGUGACGUCACUUAGAGAAGCACCUUGCUAGCAUGGUUUCUGAAGGGUGAAUUCUGGUGGGGAACCAGAAACUCCCUGUCUUUGGGGCAGGGCUGAAGCAGCUCCUAAGGACCACUGGCCAUUAGCUCUUGCUUUUGACGGCAUUCUCUUUCCACCUUCUCUUCUCCUUUGCUCCUGUGUGUUAGUGUGGCAGGUAUGACAACUCAUCCAGUGGAAACACAGCCUCACACUGCCUUUCCGCCCCCACACUUUGCCUGCAGGCCCACCGAAAGGACCCAGGAGAUAAAAUUCAAAAAAGUGUGAUGUGCUGCUCAGAAGGUCAGACUCAAUGUCUGCCUUGACCUCAAGGUCAGAAGGGUUCCCAAACCCCUGGGGCUGGAACAUGGGAUCUCCUCUCCCACCUCUUCCUGGUUCCUUUGCGGGGAAAAUUGCACUAAAACAGAACCUUUUCUUAAUCCAUGUUGGAAGGAAGCAACAGUGAACUCUACCUGUCCUGGAGUUGUCCUGGGUCUGCAGAAGGUUGGGAAUUUAGAAAAUGAAGCUGUUCUUUCAUAUUUUAAUCUAAUCUCUGUCAAUGGCCAUCCCUCCCACAAAAAAACGUGGGUUAAGAGAACUUGCAGACUGGAUAUGCAAGCAAACGGGCAACUCUGGAGAAAAAUAAGGAAAGGAAUGCUGACUUUUUCUUUCUCUUGUCCGCACACCCAUUCCCAACCCAAUACUGGGGCCUUCUCAAAAGGAGCAAAUUAAACAAUAAACCAGACAGCAAGGCCCUGGGGGGAAGGACAACAUCCUGAAAUAAAUGAUGGAGCCCGGGAA